AUGUCUACACCGGACCUGACCAAAGGCCAUCAUACUGGCAAACCCAACGGUGAAUUUCCCCAUGGCAAUGAACAGUCUGCUGUUGGGGAUGAUACCCUCCAUCAGCGAGCCGGGGCGAUGGACCCCGAACAUCGAGCUCAAGUCGAGAAGAGCUUGAAAAGAAAGCUCGAUACUCGUUGCUCUCUAUUCGUUCUGAUAUACAUCAUGAACUACCUCGAUAGGAACAAUAUCGCAGCAGCACGUCUCAAGGGUCUUCAAGAUGACCUCAACAUGGAUUAUCCCCAAUAUGCCACUUGCCUCAGCAUUUUAUAUGUCGGAUACAUUCUUAUGCAGGUUCCAAGUAAUAUAUUCAUCAACCGAAUUGAACGCCCAAGUCUAUACAUCGCGGCUGCGAUGCUUCUAUGGGGCCUGAUAUCAGCUCUAUCUGGAUGUGUACAGAACUUCGGGGGCAUGGUUGCAGUGCGCUUCUUCUUGGGCUUUAUUGAAGCGGCCUUUCUUCCUGGAGCUCUGCUGAUUCUUUCGAAAUGGUAUACCCGCCGCGAGCUUACCAAGAGAAAUGCAAUCUUGUUCUGUGGAAACCUUAUUUCCAACGCGUUUUCUGCUCUUGUAGGAGCCGGCGUUUUGUCAAAUAUGCAAGGGACGCUUGGCCAUGCGGCUUGGCGCUGGCUCUUUUGGAUCGAAGGUGCUGUUACUAUGGCGAUUGCAAUAUCCGCCGCUUUCAUCUUGCCAGACCUGCCGCACAAUGCACGCGGAUUCACAGAGGAGGAGCGCCACAUUGCACAGCUACGGAUGGCCGAAGACGUGGGUGAGGCUGAUGCUGAUUCCUCAGAGCAGGGUAUCUUUGAUGGGCUUAUUAUGGCCGUGAAGGAUUAUAAGAUUUAUCUUAUGAUGUUGACUUUUACUGCAUACGUUGUCGGGCUAUCAUUCAACGCAUUCUUUCCAUCACUCACACAAACACUGGGAUUCAGCUAUGUCCCGACGCUUCUGAUGAGCUCACCACCCUGGCUUUUCUCAUGUAUUGUAUCGCUCAUAGUCUCCUGGAGCUCAGACAGAAGGCAAGAAAAGUUCUGGCACAUUGUUGCACCGAUCUUGGUUGGGAUCAUCGGAUUCAUCAUUAGCAUGUCUACAUUGAACGUUGCAGCAAGAUAUUUGGCACUCUUUCUGCAAGCGCAGUCAUAUGCCGGGUUUAUUGUCUUUUAUUCUUGGAUCAGUUCGUCCUUCCCCAGGCCACCUGCUAAACGAGCCGUCGCUAUCGCGAUGAUCAAUGCCUUCAGCCAGCUUGGAAACGUAGCGGGCUCCUAUGUGUGGGACUUGAAAGAGAAUGGGUACAGGAAAAGCUAUGGUAUAGUUUUGUCCAUGUUUGGUCUCACCAUCAUCGGGUGUUUUGCCUUCCGCCUCAUCCUCGUCAAUUUGAACAAGAAGCUCGAGGCAGGAGAGUCGGCGUGGGAAACUCGUCGGGAUAUCGCCGAGCAAACAGCCCAGGUCGAGUUUCUGGGCAGUACAGACGAAGCACUACAGAUGCGCAGAGGGUUCCGCUAUCUGGUUUAG